CUCAAACUCGUUGAAAGGUGAACAUGGACCGGGUUGGGUUUGGACAGUGGAAUCUGGAGUCCGCCUGAACAAUAACAAGUAAACCCUGACAAUUUUUUCCAUUCCCCUUCAAAGCUUCGUAUCUCUCCUAUCGUCGAUCCAAACUCCCCACCCACAGGCCAUAGCUCAUCUCAAUCAUUGAAUUUCUCGAGCCUCGAACUGCCAAGCUGAGAGAUGGGUUCCAGGUCGAGGAACGAUAGUGAUGGUGCAAGCCCAGGCUUUCGUAGUUGUUCUGCUUUUGGACUUGGCUCUUUGCUUACUUGUGGUUGGGAAGCUAUUGACAUUGUACUCUUCACCUUGCGGGAAGAUUUUCAUAGAUGGAGUGGCCAAAGACACCACUUACGCAACUUUCAACAAGCACUUUGGAAAGUAUGGGGAGAUAACUGACAUGGUCAUCAUGAAAGAUCAUUACACGGGACAUUGUGGAUUCAUAACUUAUGUUGAUCCUUCAGUUGUCGACAAGGUCAUUAAACGCUCCCGUGUCAUCAAUGGGAAGCAGGUUGAAAUAAAGAGAACCAUCCCUAAAGGAUCUGGACAGUCGAAAGAUUUUAAAACCAAGAAAAUAUUUGUGGGCGGGAUUCCAUCUUCUAUCAGAGAAGAUGAGUUCCAGGAGUUCUUUUCUAAACAUGGAACAUUUGUAGAGCAUCAAAUCAUACGUGAUCAUGAAACAAAUCAUUCUCGAGGCUUUGGGUUUAUAAUUUUUGACAGUGAAAAAGUAGUGGAUGAACUUUUGUCAAAAGGGAAUAUGAUUGAUAUGGCUGGUACCCAGGUGAGUUUAAUCAGAUGUUUUAAAAGAGUUCACAAUGUACUGGGAUCCUUAUCAAGAUGGGCCCUGCCCUGUUUCAUACUUAAUGGCCAAGAUUGUUUUCUUUUCGCUUCUGCAAUCUUUUCCACUCUUUUGUUUGUUUGUAUGAUUCUUCUGAAAUUGAAUUGUAGCUUGAGAAAUGGUUGCAGGUAUAGAUCUCAAGAGAGGGCACACUAUAAUGUUUGCUUGCUGCCGAAAUUAGGUUAACUUAGUUGCUUAUGUUGUAGGUGGAGAUCAAGAAAGCCGAAUCCAAGAAACCCUCAAACCCACCACCACCUGCUCCUACUUAUGGUAGCAAAUCUUCGAGUCGUUCAUUCCAUAACGGCUUGCUGCUGGUGGAUAUGCUAGUCCAUAUGGGGGUUUUGAGGGGGGGUUUGGCCCUGGUCCUUAUAGAACACCUGGGGUAUGGGCUGUAGGCUUGGUGGUGGUGGGUAUGGCUAUGGUAAUGAGGAUGGAGAAUAUGGAGGUGGUGGUGGUGGUUAUGGGAACUUUGGAGAUAGUAGCAUUGGAGGUUACUAAGGUGAAUCCUCACUUGGUUAUUCAGGUCAAUUUGGACCUUAUGGCACUGGCUUUAGUGGAGGCUAUGGUGAUAGGUAGUGGGUUAGGAGGGUACGAUCGAGGGGGUGAUGGGUAUGGCAGUUAUGGAGGUUCAGGUGGUUAUGGUGGUGGAUAUGAAUCUGGCCCAGGUUCUAGUUAUGGAUAAGGACCAGGUGGUGGUCUAUAUGGUCGGGGAGGCUAUAGUGGUAGUAGUCGUUAUCACCCUAACGCAAGAUAGAAAGGCAUUUUGAUGCAGUUGCUUAAGCUUUUGCGUAGAUGUAUGCGAUCGACCAAGAUCCUCUCUAGUUUAAAAAGUCUCAAGAAAGCGUAGGCAACUAUCUCACAUGCUCUAGAAUUCUCUCUGAAGCUUUCAGGACCAGAAUCUAGUUUGAUUAGAACUCUCUGAAGAUUAUUCUACUGUACUGUUUUUUCUAGAAAGACUUGAUAGUUACUUACUGCCCUUUAUGUUGUGAACUAUUUCUAGUUGAUUUAUAUGAAGAUGGUGUUGUAGACUGUAGCAACCUUGGGCUUAAUUGUGUUGGUUCCUCUAUGAGUACAGUUUUCUUAGAUAUAUUUGUGCACAUAUGUGUUUUCAGGACUUGUUUUCUUAUAUUUUCCAAAUAUUACUUGUUUAACUAGCUGUUAGGACUUGGGACCUUCUAAGUAUGAUAUGAUUUCUUGAUGUUGGUUCUAUCUGUGCAAUGUAG